AUGUCCAUUGAUGUAAAGUGGUUGAGACAGAGACGACGAAUAAAUCGAGCGUUCGUCUCCUUGCCCGGAAGAAAAGCGCAACCUCGAGUGAAUAUUGAGCAAGCGGCGGUGAGCAUUGUUGUUGCUGGUGCACUUGAUGCGGUCGCGGGGAGUUUUGUUGAAAUUCCAUUGAUGAACGGUACGGUUGUUUGCGUCGUUGCUGUUGUUGAUGCAACGAUGUGA